UUAGUACCGGUCAUUUUAUAAUUGUGUUGAUAUUGAUAAUUUUAAUUUGUUAAUUUUUUUAACUUCACUAGAUCUAGAUUAGAUCAAAGAAGGGUUCCACCAGAUAUAAUAUAAUAUAGCAUAGAUCUAUAUGCAUGCCUUUUCUUACUAUGAAGUGCUUCACUGUUUGUUUUAUUGUAGGUAUAGGGUUAGCAAUCAUAAUGUCAUCGCUGUUGUCAAUAUUAGACCUAGUUGUUCUAGACACAGAAGAUAGCUUUCAAUUAGAAAGGCGAACCAAACGUACACAGGUCAUUGGUGGCGAAAUGAGGAAUGUAUUUUGGAUUGUACAAAUAUCUGACAUACACAUCAGUAAAUUCAGAGACUUGUCAAGAGGACCAGAUCUUCAGAAAUUUUGUGAAGAAUAUUUAACUGUGAUUAACCCAAGUGUAGUUUUGGUCACAGGAGAUCUGACUGAUGGGAAAACAGCAACUGGCAUAGAAUCAAUGCAGGUGCAUGAUGAGUGGAUUCAUUAUGAAAAUAUUGUGAAGCGAUGCAGCUCACUUGGCAAGGCUAAAUGGCUGGACAUACGAGGCAAUCAUGAUUCAUUUGAUGUUUUAAACUACAAUAGUGCAAAUAACUUUUACAGAUACCAUUCUGCUAAAAACUCAGAAGCUCGUGCCCUUGGGGACUCCAAAGAUGUUUUUCUCUACCAGCUUCAGCUACCUUUUGGAGUUUAUUCUUUUGUGGGCAUUGAUACUUGUAGCAAGCCAGGUCCUCAUCGGCCAUUUAAUUUCUUUGGCUUCCUAAAUACACAUCAAGUAGAACACAUGAAAACAAUAGCAGCCAUCACCAAGGCAAGUAAUCAAACUAUUUGGUUUGGACAUUUUCCAACAUCUUUGAUUGUACACAACCCACCAGUGCUGCGGCAAAUCAUGAGAAACAGUGUAGCUUAUCUGUGUGGUCACUUGCACACACUGUUUGGAUACAGUCCAAGGAUGUACAGCAGACACAAGACAGGACAGCUGGAGCUGGAACUUGGGGACUGGAAAGAUAACAGAAUCUUCCGUAUUAUAGCUGUCGACCAUGACAUGCUAUCCUUCACUGAUGCUAAGCUAGGAGAUUGGCCACUUGUGGUCAUCACAAAUCCUAAAAGUAACAAGUUUUACUCUCCUGGCAAUGAACCAUUAAACCUGAUGGGUACCUCAACACAUAUAAGGCUGCUUGUAUAUAGUCCAGCACGUAUAAAGCAAAUUGUGGUAUACAUUGAUAGACAUGAGGAAGGGGAGGCCUUCCAGGUUUGGCAUGGCUACCCUCUCUAUGUCUUAGAUUGGCACCCAGAGCAAUACGCUUAUGGACUUCAUUAUAUGGAGGUUUUUGUCUAUGAUGAAGCUGGCAGGAACACCACAGCCUCACAAACAUUCUCUAUAGAUUUAACAACAUCCGGGCUUGACCUCUUGCCUCGGCUGAUUCUCUUGUUCAACAUUUAUUCAUUGGGAAAACUUUUCUUUAGUCUUUGUAUUUUCUUCUAUUGCCUGAUUCUAACCAUGUUUAGACAAUGUUCUUGCAUCUAUAACUACUAUUUGCCAGGGCAUGAAGUUCAAAUUGUAGCAUUCAAUUCAUGCUUGAUGAAACUCUGGCUUGUUGCACGGACAAAUGUCUCUUUUUACUUGAUGAUUGGCUCAGUAUUUUACUUGGCUUUUGGACCAUGGUUCAUCGGAAGAUUACUGACAGAGCACUUAGGUGUUGUCUUUGUUUGGGGCAUCAUAGUCGAUGGAUCAUUUAUACCUGGCGCACUGACAUAUUUCUAUGGUAUAUUUCAGUUUUUCACCUUCUCAUUGCCACUAACUUUAAUACUUGGAGUUUUGCUGGACAGCAGACGUAAAAAUGGGAAUCGAAAAGGCUUUGCUAUGUAUCCCUGGGUGCUGAUACCAUCAGUGCUUCUAUUGGUAUACACAGUAUAUUUGGCCUUCUCAGAGUUCCCUUCAGCCUAUGGACUUGAGGCUUUUAUAUUUGGACCCUUGAGAACUGGCAACAUUUUUCUUUUGAUUGGGGGCUUGUGUUGGAGCAGCAGGACAGAUCUGAAGAAAGUCGUGUCUGUGAACGAAUGUGUUUAAUGUUAGACUGUGCCUUUUAAAUUAUUGGACUGUUAGACUUUGUAUGAAAGCAAUGAGUUUGAACAUGAUUGGUUAGUUUUACGACCUACUUAGUAGGAACAUAUUUAUGAAAUUAUGAAAAUAGUUUGAUUAAACUUCAGUUGUUUUUUUUACUCUUUAAGACUGAUCAUGCUUUGAAAACCUCCCAAAAAUUAAAUGAUACACAAAUGAUAUAAGGUUUGACUUAAACCUUUAACAGGAGUUAUAUUUAAAGAUUAGUGUGACCUAAGAGCUAGAUGUUUUCAAAGUUUCUUUGAUUGUAAAAUAUUGUGACAUCAAGACUGAAUAUACUAAGUGUGACCUUGUUAGUCACAAAAAAAACACUUUAAUCAUGUUUUUAUGGUAUUGAAUGUUUUCUCUCUUUAAACAUUCUCUGCUUACAACUUUGGAACAUUCCUUCGACUAAUGUAAUUGACAGGAUGAAUAUUUCUGCACUAUACAAAAAGCUCUAUUUGUGUGUUUUAAACCACAUGACAUCAUUUUAAUUUUCUUAUACCUUAUUUUAACAUUGUCAAGGAUUACUCAGAGCUGAUAGCAUAAUUUCUUUAAAAUAAUCCUUCAUAGGAAGAGGGUGCCCUGCCCCCCAAUGUUUCCAUGCAUUGUAUUCAUGUAGUAAAGCAUACUAAAGUUCUCAUAUUUGUUGCUGAAAAAAGCUGUGGUCUUAUAGCCCUCAGUUUUGGGUGAACAAGGAAUUUAUUUCCAGCCCUCUUGUCUCCCCCCCCCCCCCCCCC